AUGUCUGAAGUCUUCACCUCGAGCCUCCGCUAUAGCAUGUUCUUCGACCUUGAGGAAAUAUUUAGUCCAGAGACCCGGAUGAGGGUUUCCCGCCAAAAUCCUUUCAUUGUGUGGAGGACGCUCAUGUACCAAGUGGACGAGACUCUGAGGACCUUCGGCUUCGACAUCAAGAGCCUCGUCAAGUCCCUCGACCUCCAGACCUUCGGGCUCCUGACGCUCCUCGUGGUCGGGGCGGUGUUCCUCUUCGACUUCCUGAGCUACGGGUACGCCUCCUACACCGGGGACGCCUCCGGGCACACGUCCUACGGCAGGAGCCUGGUCACGACGGCGGCCAAGGUGUGGGACCAGCGCGAUCAGCUGGGCCUCAACCCCUACGUUCGCGGCGGCCGUGGAUUGGAUUCCAUGACACAGAUCCUGGACGAUAUCGCUGAUGCCAUUUUGAAGUACGAAGGACUUGAGGAGAAUACCGUAGGACAAUCUAGGCAGAGCAAAGUACUCCAUAAUUAAGGUAGCUGCAGUGAAAAAAAAACUAUUUCAGUUUACCCUUCUACCCGGACAACAGAAAACGGGAAUGUUUACACGUGGAUCGUUUAUAAAGUAUUCUUUGCAGGCCGAAGAUAAUGUCGUUAUAACUGCGUUGAACUGAUAUUUUAAUAAAGCUUAUCUGUAAUUAAAACUUCGACUUUUU